UUUGUAAAGAUGAAAGAUGGUCUAAAUUUGGAAGUUUUUAUACUUUCUUUUUGCCAUGAAAUAUUCCAGAAUGGAAGGGGAGAAAGAGGUGGAGAAUUAGGGUUCUUGGGCUGGGCGAUGAACUGGGUAAGCGGACUGCUGUAUGGCGCGGGGGGCGUGGUGUGUACCUGCGUCGUACUGCUCGUCGUCUUCCAGGAGAGGCUCGUCUACGUCCCAGUCAUCCCCGGCCUGUCCAAGGGCUAUCCAAUCACUCCCGCGCGCCUCAAUCUCGCCUACGAGGACAUCUGGCUCACAUCGCUGGAUGGGAUCCGCCUCCACAGCUGGUUCGUCAAGCUCUCGAAUCCAUCUCUCAGCCUCAAAGCUCCGACUGUGCUCUUCUUCCAGGAGAAUGCCGGAAACAUUGCUCACAGGCUUGAGUUCGUCCAAGUGAUGAUGGCUCGACUGAAAUGCAACGUUUUCAUGCUCUCUUAUCGGGGCUAUGGCGCAAGCGAUGGACGGCCAACGCAAAAGGGAAUCGUGCUGGAUGCUCAGGCAGCGCUGGACUAUCUUUUGCAGAGAAAAGACAUUGAUACGUCGAGAAUCGUCGUGUUUGGGAGAUCGCUGGGAGGGGCCGUCGGUGCCGCACUCGUGAAGAACAAUCCCGGCAAAGUCUCCGCCUUGAUCCUCGAGAACACUUUCACGUCCGUGCUGGACAUGGCCGGGAUUCUACUUCCAGCGCUCAAGUGGGUCAUCGGUGGCACGGAAGCCAAGGGCAUCAAGCUCAUGAAUUGUCUGGUGCGAUCGCCAUGGAACACUUACGAGCUCGUCAGCAAGAUCCGUGAGCCUCUCUUAUUCCUGUCCGGCUUGCGAGACGAGAUGGUUCCGCCGCUACACAUGAGGCAGCUCUUCGACGCUGCUCGUCACAACGACAAGCGCGUGUUCGUGGACUUCCCAACUGGAAUGCAUAUGGAUACGUGGUUGAGAGGCGGCGAUCGCUACUGGAGGGUGAUCCAGCUCUUUCUCGAGCAAUACACAUCGGGUACUUCUAGCGUUUCUACGUGAACUUAGCUUCUAAGAUCGAUCGCUCUUUCCUUACUCGCAAGAAGUUCGUUCCACUACGAGAACUUGCAAAGUUUUCUCUCGGUUGUAGGCUACAAGAGAAGUAUAAUGAUCGAAGAACUUUGGAUGAUCGUAAAA